CAUUCUAUAGAUUACUGUUAGAAAGAGUUGGAGCAAGAUUAUAUUCAAGAAACUAUGUUGAAACGGGUCUGGGUCAUAGGAGAAGAGAUCAGUCUCGAAAGUUGGGAGCAGUCAAGGAAAAAGACACAACAAUUUAUGCAAUGUCAAGUAUCUAACUCCAUCAAAAUUUUCCAAUAUCUGUAGUAACAUAAAACAAAAUAAAUGCUGGAAGUGCCAGUUCUUGGUUUCAUCUGCAGUAGAACUGUCCCUAAAUUAGAGAAUUCUGGGGGGAAAUACAUACUGUCAUAAGUAAAUAUUGAAAAAUUCAUUUUCAAAUGAAUCCCGAGAUUUAUCUCCUAAACAGGACAAAUAAGAUAACAAAAUGUGAUUUGAAAAAAAGGAAGGUAAUAUUACAUAUGGUAACGUCUGCCAUAAUACUGCUAGCCCUGAAUUGGAAAACUAGAAAAACUCCCUCAAUAGAAAACUAGUUGUUCAAAUAGGUGGAUAUGAUUGUAUAUGUGUAUAUGUUUAUAUACAUGUCAUAGUGUAAGUUUAUCUAUAGGUGUGUGAACUGUUAUUUUUAGCACGAUUUUGAAAUUAAUAAAAGAAAAUUGAAGGGGAAAAAAGAAAGAAGUUGGGGAGUUAGGAAGGAUGGGAAAUACCUCUGGAAUUACUAGAGGCAAUGAGCUGAAAGCUGCUAAGAGAACCCAAGGACCACACAAAAAGGUAGAUGACUGAGAAAGUGGAAAGUGAAAAUGAAACCAGGGGGGAAUUCGGGAGAAUCAAAGAGGUGAUGAAUGGAAACAUGUCCUACAAAAUAAAUAAGGGAAGGUGCUCCUUUCUCAGGGAGAUCCUUUCUCAAGUGCCUGAGAUCAUGUCACCCAAAACAAAUGAGAACGCAGGGCUCUUGUGCCUAAUGCUACUCCUACCUGCUCACAUCACUGCACUGGACUGCAACUUUCUGCAACUUGAACAGGAAAGAUUUAACUUGCAGAGCCUAAACCUACUGAAAGAGCAGAGCACAAAGGUUCCUCAAGAGUGCCUGGAGAAUAUGACCACCUUCACUUUUUCCACACAGAUCCUGAAAAUACACCAGCCAGAGCUUGCAGCAAAAGCAGUUCAUGAAAUGCUUCAGGGAUUCUUUGGCAUCUUCAGCAGUGAUCUCUUGAAAACUGACUGGGAACCCACAUUCAGACAAAGGUUUCUCAACAUGCUCUAUGCUCAAACUGAACGCAUCAAGCGCUGCCUCGCAGGAAAAAAGAGAAGGAGCCAAGAGGAGUGGAAAAUCAAGCUGAGGCUGAAGAAGUAUUUCCAGAGGAUGAGACAUUUUCUCAAAGAGAAGGGGAAAGACUCCUGCGCUUGGCAGAGUGUGAAGCUGGAAUUCCGGACUAGUUUCAUCUAUAUUGACAUACUGACAAAGAGAAUGAGGAUCUGAGGAGUCCCUUACUUUAGUUUAUGUAUGCAUAUUUAUUUAUUUAUUGAUAAAUGUUUUAAGUAUUUAUUAAAUUUGUAAUAUUUUAUACAAUAUAGUCCUCAAAGAAGAUUUCUAUAUGCAUGUUAUUUCCCUGGACUAUUUUGAAUGCAUGUUAUAUGUAUGUUAUUUACUGUACAUAGACUAUUUUGAAGCUCUGCAUGGCCGUGGAAUCCCUCCAGGUGACUCUGGGCAAGAAGUCACACUCUCUCAGCCUCAGAGGAAGGCAAAGGCAAACCCCCUCUGAGUCAGUCUUGCCAGCAAACCCCAUGAUAGAGUCACUAUAAGUAUGUAGAGACUUGAAGGCAUACAACAAUAAUUUUAAUAUUUACAAAUCCCAAAAAGAAGAAACCAAUACAACCUAAACAUCAGGACAGAAUCUGUUUUAUUCUACAUUAUUCUGUGACAGCCCACUAACUUCGUCUAUUUCAUCUGUUUAACCAUCUCCCAACUCUUCUCUGUCCAUGUUUUUGUAUUCUCUACUCCCAGUGUUUGAAUUUUCUCUUCAUGUUAGCAACAAUUCCAUAAUACCUCGGAGGCAAGGAGCUGAGAACUGCCUCAAAAACCUGAGGACCUCAUAAAAUUUACAUGACUGUGGCAGGAGAAACCAAAAAUGAAAACAGGGGAAAUUAGGAAGAAACAUAUCUGAUGGAAUAAACAGAAGGAAAUGGAAGACCUAGAAGCUUCAAACCUGGGUUAUAGAGCAAGCUGUAUGGCGCCCAGCAUGGACUGACCAGAUUAGUCUCAAAAUAACACCCAACGCAUAUGGAAAGAACUUAUUUACCUAGUGCUUCAGCUACUUGCUCAUCUUAAAGAGCUGAGCUGCAAAUUUCUGCAACUCAAACAACAAAGACUAUGCAGGGCCUGAAACGGCUGAAAGAAUAUGAGGUGCCUGGAGAACAUGGCUACAUUCAGUUUUCCAACAAGGUCCUAAAAAUACAUUAGCUAGACUAGUUUCCUACAAAAGGAGCUUCCUACUUUUUGGAUACUUUAGCAUCUUUAGCAGUGAUCUCUUGCCAACUUAUGGGGAGCUCACACUCAGGGAGAGGUCAGUUCCAGCUCUCUACAAUGCCAAGAGUUGUUGUAUGGGAGAAAAAGAUGGGCGAUCAUGUUCCUCCUUCCACACUCUUGUCACUCUACCAUGGCAGGUUCCUCAACCUCUUGUAAGCACAAAGUGAACUGACAGAGAGAUGCCUCGUAGGAAAUAAAACAAUACAAUGCUGGGAAGGAGGCAAGAGGAAUGGACCAACAAGCUGAGGCUGCAUAAGUAUUUUCACAGGUUCACAACUUUUCUGAAAGGGAAGGGACACAGCAUGUGCACCUGGGAAAGCAUGAGACUGAAACUCUAGUUUCACAUACAGCGACGUGAAUGAGCACCUGAACUUCACAAGGCCAGACUGUUCCAUCAAAUGUGAAAAUCACAGAACCAGGGAUUUGGAAGAAGUCACAAGAGCCAGGGACGUAACCAAGGGGGGGGGAUCUUGGGGUCCGGAUCCCCCCCUUCCAUUAGAAAAAUGAAUGGUGUGUGCUGCUGCGCCACCGCACCCAAGCCCCAUUAUAAU